AUGGCGCCCAAACCCGCAAAAACGCCGUCCGGCGACACUCAAGCGGUAAAGAAGCACCGCCAAGGAUUCAGAGUCGGCCCGGAUAAUUUACCUGAUGGGCCAUGGCGACGAAAAGUCACCAAAAUCAAGAAGGAUCUCAUUCACAAGGCCAAGGUGAAAAAGGCCUAUGCCAAGAUCAAGGAGCGUGAGCAAAAGGAACCCGGCGACGGCGAGACCGAGCAGGAUGCCGCCGCCGCCGCUCCCGAAAAGGACGAGCAAGAAGCUACCGCCGCUGCUGAAAAGGAGGUGAUGCACCCGACGCGGGAGCUCAUGAUCAGGGACGAGGAGGUUGCGCAAAACUCGGCCAAGGGCGAGCACGACACCAGCGACGGCCACCGCCGCCGCACCCGCCGCCCGGGCUACUACGACAAGCAGCUGGCCCUGGCCGAGGAGCGCCAGGCCGAGGCGGACAGGCGCGCCCGGGAGCGCGAGGAGCGCACGGCGCAGAGGAACCACCGGCUGGCGGAGCGUGACAAGUUCAAGAGGGCCAUGGCCAAGACGGUCGGGCGCGACGGCAAGAAGAAGCUCGGGCGCGAGAGCGGCAUCUUGCUGGACAAGGUGAAGAGGAUGCUGGCGGACAAGUGA